GGGCGUGGCCACCUGGAGCCCCGCCUCCUGCCGCGCGCAGGCGUGGGGCCUACAGACGCCCGGCCCGGUAGUCGGCCGGAAGUUCGGCCCGGCGCCUGGAAAGGAGCGGCCCGAGCGAGAACGGACGCGGCCGGGUCCGCGCGGAAUACUGAAGAAUGUUUGUUCCGAGAUCACUGAAAAUCAAGAGGAGUUCUAACGAUGACCUCAAAAGCUGUGUAGGUAAGAAGAAUAAGCCAGAAGCAGAAGACCUUCAGCUGGACAGAGAUGGAGAUAUUCCAGUCCAUGCUUCAGUUACAAAAACUGUCCCGGUAGACGGGCCCGGCAGUGCAUCAAGCCCCUUACCCAGUCCUUCCAGCCGCUUGGCUGAGGCUUGUUUGGUAGGACCUGAACAGGGUGUGAAGGACAGCUUUCCUUCCGAAGAGCCUGUGAAGUCAUUUUCCAAAACCCAGCGUUGGGCAGAGCCUGGGGAGCCUGUCUGUGUUGUCUGUGGCCGCUAUGGAGAGUAUAUCUGUGAUAAGACGGAUGAAGAUGUGUGUAGCUUGGAGUGCAAAGCAAAACAUCUGCUGCAAGUUAAGGAAGAGGAAGAGUCGUUAAAGGCCAGCAGCCCGCAGAGAGCUGCUUCCCAGCCAGAGCCCCCACUGGAUGCCUUUUAUGUCUACAAAGAGCACCCCUUUAUUGUGACCCUGAGGGAGGACCAGAUUGAAACCCUCAAACAGCAGCUAGGAAUCUCCGUUCAAGGGCAAGAAGUUGCCAGACCCAUUAUUGACUUUGAGCACUGUGGCUUCCCUGAGACCUUAAACCAGAACUUGAAGAAAGCUGGCUACGAAGUGCCAACUCCCAUCCAGAUGCAGAUGAUUCCUGUGGGACUCCUGGGAAGAGACAUCCUGGCCAGUGCAGACACUGGCUCAGGAAAAACAGCUGCUUUUCUCCUUCCUGUUAUCAUCCGCGCUUUAUUUGAGGAUAAAACUCCAUCGGCACUCAUUCUUACACCAACGAGAGAACUAGCCAUCCAGAUAGAGAAGCAAGCCAAGGAAUUAAUGAGCGGUCUGCCGCGCAUGAAGACGGUGCUUCUUGUGGGGGGCUUACCUCUACCCCCCCAGCUCCAUCGCUUACGACAGCAUGUGAAGGUUAUUAUAGCAACCCCUGGACGACUUCUGGAUAUAAUCAAACAGAGUGCCGUGUCCCUCGGUGGAAUAAAAAUUGUGGUUGUAGAUGAAGCUGACACCAUGUUAAAGAUGGGCUUCCAACAGCAAGUGCUUGACGUUUUGGAAAACGUUCCUGGUGAUUGUCAGACCAUCCUGGUUUCCGCCACGAUUCCAGGCAGCAUAGAACAGUUUGCAGACCAGCUUCUGCACAACCCUGUGAGGAUUACCACGGGGGACAAGAACCUGCCCUGCCCCAGUGUGCGGCAGAUCGUCCUGUGGGUGGAAGACCCAGGCAAAAAGAAGAAGCUGUUUGAAAUCCUAAAUGACAAGAAGCUCUUUAAGCCUCCCGUAUUAGUGUUUGUGGACUGCAGACUAGGCGCAGAUCUGUUGAGUGAAGCAGUUCAGAAAAUUACAGGUUUAAACAGCACGUCCAUCCACUCAGAGAAGUCUCAAGUAGAGAGGAGAGACAUACUGAAGGGAUUACUGGAAGGAGACUAUGAGGUGGUGGUGAGCACAGGGGUCCUGGGCCGAGGCCUGGACUUGGUCAACGUCAAGCUGGUUGUGAAUUUCGAUAUGCCUUCCAGUAUGGAUGAGUAUGUUCAUCAGGUUGGCAGAGUGGGGAGACUUGGUCAAAACGGAACGGCAAUUACUUUCAUCAAUAACAACUCUAAAAGGCUCUUCUGGGAUGUUGCCAAAAGGGUGAAGCCCACAGGAUCCAUUCUCCCCCCACAGCUGCUGAAUUCCCCGUACCUUCAUGAGCAGAAGAGAAAGGAGCAGCAGAAAGACAAACAGACACAGAGCAACCUGGUCACGGGGGCCAACCUCAUGGACAUUAUUAGGAAACACGAAAAGAGCAAUUCACAAAAAUGAUCUGGUGUACCGCUUCCAGUGGUUUUUCUUUAUGUAUUAUCUGUGAAAUUUCCAAUAACUACUCUAUGAUUGAGUAAAUAAAAAUGUACAAGGAUCCGGGCAGUGCUGGCACACGCCU